UCAACACUCAAUGCGAUUUUAUUGUAAAUUGCCCGGCUGCGAAUCGGCACAUACUAUGUACACAAAAUGCGGUACAAAGCAUGAAGUCGAGAUCGAGAAACGUGCAGGUGGAAAAUUUGGUGUGGAUCUUCUUAAUUUGGGUCAUGAAUACUAUGUCACCAAAAUCGCCACAGGCACCAAGUAUCCCGCUUAUCGAAGUGGGCUCUCAUUUGGAGACAGAAUCGAUGGUAUAAAUUAUGACGAUAUGAGCACAAUAGCGAAUCCAGUAGCACACUUGAGAGCUACUGAUUCCGUCGAAUUGACAUACACACCAAGAACUGCCUUAUAAAGGAGAUUCUAUUGACCUCUACUCAGAACGUGAAUGCUACUCUGACUGAUUUGAGGAAGAACUACGUUACAGUAUUGUCA